CUUCCACACACACAACAACAAUGUUUACGGGUAAAUUACAAAUAAAAGUCUGCGAGGCGAGCGGUUUACGCCCAACAGAUUUUCAAAAACGUCAUAAUCUAACAUUUGGAAAAUUGGCCGAUGAACAAUUAAUUGAUCCUUAUGUCUCGAUCGAUGUUGAUGAUAAUCAUUUUGAUCGCUCAACAACACGUCCAAAAACCUUUGAUCCUGUAUGGAAUGAACAAUUUGUACACGAUGUUAUAAAUGCAAAAAACAUCAAUUUAACGGUAUUUCAUGAUGCAGCCCUCCCACCGGAUGAUUUUGUGGCCAAUUGUAUAAUACCAUUGGAAGAUAUUAUGCAACAUGAAACUAAUGUACCAGAUUUAUGGGUGAAUUUAGAACCUCAAGGAAAAAUCCACGUAGUAAUUGAAUUGAAAAAUAAAAAUGAUACUACCAAAGAUACUACAGAAGUGGAUCAUCCUGUUAGUGGUGGCGCUGGCGCCAAUAAAGAAUUUAAAGAAAGAGCAGGUUUUAAUCGUCGACGCGGUGCUAUGCGUCGUCGUGUACAUCAGGUUAAUGGUCACAAAUUUAUGGCAACUUUUUUGCGUCAACCAACAUUUUGUUCACAUUGUCGCGAAUUCAUUUGGGGAAUUGGUAAACAAGGAUAUCAGUGCCAAGUUUGCACCUGUGUUGUACAUAAGAGAUGCCAUCGUUCAGUGGUUACCAAAUGUCCCGGCAUGCGAGAAGAGCAAAACAAUUUGGAACCGGUACCAGCUGGUCAGCGUUUUAAUGUUAAUGUGCCACAUCGUUUUGUCGUGCACAAUUAUAAACGUUUUACAUUUUGUGAUCAUUGUGGUUCCCUGUUAUACGGCCUAAUUAAGCAGGGUCUUCAAUGUCAAGUGUGUAAUAUGAAUGUACACAAACGUUGCCAAAAGAAUGUAGCAAAUACCUGUGGCAUAAAUACUAAACAAAUGGCCGAAAUACUUAGCUCACUGGGCAUAUCGCCCGAUAAGCAGGCACCUAGACGAUCGAAGUAUCUAAGUCAACCCGGUGGUGAAGAUAAUUUCGGAGCUAGUAUUCAUGGCGAUAAUAGUGAUUGUAUCUCAACUACCACACGUAGUUCAACAAUGUCGCAUCAGACUACAUCGUCGGGUAGCUCUGGUGCGACUAAUAUAAGUGGUGGUAGCGGAGAUUUGGGCAUGUCGAGUUCUAAUCGGUGUUAUGAUUCGCGUCCCGGUAAAACUUGCUUGCAAGAUUUCAAUUUCAUUAAGGUACUGGGUAAGGGCUCAUUCGGCAAGGUUAUGUUGGCGGAAAAGAAGGGCACCGAUGAAAUAUACGCCAUCAAAGUGUUGAAAAAAGAUGCAAUCAUACAAGAUGAUGAUGUCGAUUGUACAAUGACCGAAAAACGCAUUUUAGCUUUGGCUGCUAAUCAUCCAUUUUUAACGGCUUUACAUUCCUGUUUUCAAACUCCGGAUCGUUUAUUUUUUGUUAUGGAGUAUGUUAACGGUGGUGAUUUAAUGUUUCAAAUUCAAAAAGCUCGCCGUUUUGAGGCUGCUCGUGCUGCCUUUUAUGCUGCCGAAGUUACAUUGGCCUUACAAUUUCUACACGCUCAUGGCGUUAUUUAUCGCGAUUUGAAAUUAGAUAAUAUUUUAUUGGAUCAAGAGGGUCAUUGUAAAUUGGCUGAUUUUGGCAUGUGCAAGGAGGGCAUUAUGAAUGGUGUUUUAACUACCACCUUCUGUGGUACACCUGAUUAUAUAGCCCCAGAAAUUCUCAAGGAACAAGAGUAUGGCGCCUCGGUUGAUUGGUGGGCUCUCGGUGUUCUCAUGUAUGAAAUGAUGGCUGGUCAGCCACCCUUCGAAGCCGAUAACGAAGAUGAAUUAUUUGAUUCGAUUAUGCACGAUGAUGUUUUAUAUCCAGUUUGGUUAUCAAGAGAAGCUGUGUCCAUUUUGAAAGGUUUUCUUACUAAAAAUCCUGAACAACGUUUAGGCUGUUCGGGCGAUGAAAAUGAAAUACGUCGUCAUCCAUUCUUUAGUAAAUUAGAUUGGGAUGAAUUAGAAAAACGUAAUAUAAAACCACCAUUCCGACCGAAAAUGGUAAAAAAUCCACGAGAUGCCAAUAAUUUUGAUACAGAAUUUACUAAGGAAGAACCAGUUUUAACGCCCAUUGGCAAUGAUGUUGUACGCUGUAUUAAUCAAGAUGUUGCUGGUUUUUCAUUUGUCAAUCCUAAAUUUGGACCAGAACGUAAAGUAUAUUAGAAGCACACAAACUAAAUACUAACUAAAAUCCUCAAACAAAAAAGAAAAACAAAAGAAAUCCAAAAACCUAUUUGUCGUUCGUAUACGAUGGCGACGAAAGUAAAGAUCUUUUAUCCUCCAAACUAUACUUUCAAAAUGAAAUUAUAUUUCAAAGAUUUGGCAAAAAACAAAACAAAGUAUAAUUAAUUUAUACUAAAAGUUUUAAAAGUUGUUUUAGAUAUUUGCUUUUUUUAAACAAAACCGAAAAAGAAAUAAACUGUGGUAACUUGUGUCACAGUCGAAUUUAUUAACACAUUUUUUGUUAUUUUAAUUCUUGUUUAUGUUAAAAGAAAAUAAAACUAAAUUUAACACAAUAUCUACACACACAAAAACAAACAAGAAUGAAAAAAGUAACAAACUUUUUACCAAAAAUUAUUAUUAUGUACUAUUAUUAUUAUUAUUGUUAAUAACAAACAAAUUCUUCAGAGUCUUUUAACAUAAUUAUAAUUAUAUGAUUAGAUGAUGAUGAUUAUAAAAACUAUUUAAAUUUAUUUAUGUUCUAAUGUAAACGUUUUUAAUUUUAUGAUUUUUUUAAUAUUUUAAUUAUUAAAUGGAAAUUAUUAUUAUUUUUAUGCUAUUUAUAAGUAUAGAAAGUUAGGGAUUUAUAUUAGAGUCUAAACAAAAACAAAACAAAUGAAAUGAAAUUGCCUAUAAAAUUAAAUAACAAAAACAAAUGAAAACAAAACAAACAAACAAAAAAAUACUUGAAAAAUGUUCCAAAGAAAAGUUUAAACAAAAGAAAAGCAUAACAUACAAACAAAAACAAAGUAAAGAAAACAAAACAAAAAUAGAAUUUAGAAAACUAACAACAACAAGAACAAAAAUGGCGUUAAAAUUAUAAAAGUUUUUAGAACAACAAAAAGUGCAUCAUUAUUAUAUUAGAUAACGAAAAUAUAACAAACAAAAACAACAAUUAACAAUUUAAAGUAGACAAAAUUUGCAUGAAAUUGUUUUUACAUUUAUUAUUUAUACUGUUUAUUUAUGUUUGCAAACAAAAUCAACGGGUUUUAAUUCUAUUUUUCUAUUUGACUUUAUUUUUUAACUCUCACAAGAAUUUUCCUAAUGAAUCUCUUUUUAUUUUCCUUAUUUAUAUGGACAACAAAAAGCUCAAAUAACUGUUUAUAUAUUUAAAGCCAUUUACGAAAUGUUUUUUUGUCAUUCUUUUAAACCUCUGAAAUCUCUUUCUUUCUUUUUGUGUGAGCAAUAGGAGUUUUAUUAUAGAAUCUCUUUACAAAUUCUUUGUUUUGUUUAAAACAAAUCAAAAUCUCAUCAUUGAUAGAAAAACAUUUCAAUAUUUUCUUUUUAAAUUUAUGCUAAACAUUUUCUAUUUGUUUAUCUUUCAAGUUUACAAUUGCAUUUUACAAUUAAAACAAAUUCGAACGAACAAGUUCAAAAUGAACAAACAAAAUUUUAUUAAUAAACCGCACACAACAGUUGGAAUUUAUUUAUAGUCAAACGAUUUAUUUUCGUAUACAAUAAUCAAUUCAGUUUUGUAGCACAAAAUAGUUUUAAACAAUUAAGUACUCUUCCUUUUUAGCUUAAAAAGUAUUAUUUUUUCUUUAUUAUCAAUAAUGUGUAAUUAAUUUGUUGUAUAUUAAUCCUAUAUUUAGAUGUUAAUUAAUCGUGUUUUAUUGCCAUUUAUAUUUUUAAUUUGUUUUAGUUUUUUUUUAGUUUUUUUCUAGUCAAAUGCUCCUUUAUUUAGAUAAAUAAAUUAUAUAUUUUUAAUGUUUGGAAAUUUUGCAUUUUAUAACAUUUUUUUGUUGAAAUUUUUUAAAACAAUUAUAGAGAUUUUAUUUUAUAUACAUAUAUAAACAAACAUACAUAUUUUAUUUUAUGUUUUUUUUUUUCUAAGAAUAUAAUUCUUAUUAUAAUAAAUUAUUAUUUAAUUUUUCUAGUUUUUAAGUAAUUUAAAAUAUUUAUUAUUGUUAAAACUUAUUAAAAACAAAAACUAAUUUUUCACCUGAGCUUCAUUGAAUUUACUACGGCUAAUUAAAAGUACUCAAUUGUGAAGUUUUUAAUAACAUUUUUAGUUAAGUAAAUGUGUAUGUUAUCAAAAAUACAAAAAGUUUUCUUCUACUUUUAAACGGUGGCUGACAAAAUUUCAAAAAGCCACCUUAAUUUAUAAAUUACAAACAAAAUUAGAAAGUGAAGAUCCAAAGAAAUCAUUAGAAAAACAAAAAAACAUAGUUAAAGAGGAGAAAUGAAUGGAAAUGAUCGAUUCCCAAGGAAUUUCAACCUAAAAGUAGACUGCGAGGGUUAAGUUCCACAACUUCCACCUGUUCGUCAUGGAAUUUCUUAUUUCCCAGCCGUUUCAACCACAGAUUUUGUAUUCUCGAUGGCCUCUAGUUCCUCUGUAUCUUCGCAUAACCUGCAAUAGUCCGGUAUAUUACUGUCAUACUUACUGCCAAAAGGCCCCAAUAAAGCAGUGCCCCAUUAGAAUUCCUAUUAGAAUUCUUAGACUGCGUCUAUGCAGUCCUAUUAAUAUCUUGGUAGCACCCACAUCAAGUGUUGGCCAUAAGGCCUUUGAAAUUUUGCAAUCCAUUAAUUUGACAGAUAGGUGAUUUUCCAUCCUUUCCCUGCCAUCUAUAUCAAGGUUCGAACCAAAUCUAACCAACCUCAUUACCUAGAAGACUGCGAUUGUUAAGUCCCGACAUUUGAGAUUCUGUAUUCUAGGACUGUGGCAAAUUAUAUGCUCAAUCGUCUCCAGUUUCUCUAUAUCUUCGCAUAACCUACAAUAGUCCGGUAUAUUACUCUAAAACAUACUGUCAAAAGGCCCUUCUAGAACAGUGCCCGGUUAGAAUCCCAAACAGAAUCCUUAGACUGCGUCUAUCCAGUCCUAUUAGUAUCUUGUUAGCUCUUACAUCAAAUGUUAGUUAAAAAAACUUUGGUUCUUUGCGAUCCAUACCACUAUUCAAGGACUGGUUAAUAAUGUCGAAUAUCAACCUAUAACAGUCGCAUAUAUGCGGUUUCGCCAUUCUUUCCCUGUCAUCUAUAUCGUCCGCAAAAUCAUUUCCAUGCACAUCUGAAAGUUCUAUCCAUUAACUUCAAUAUAAAGGUUUAAUCUCGGCUAUAUCUUGUUCCUUCUAUAAGAUAUCUUAAUCUAAAGCUGAAAACAACUACAAAUUAAAAAAAUCCUUUUUAUGUUUUUUUUUUUUUUUUUU